AUGCCAACAGACGAGUACGCGUCCGUGGCCGGAGGUGGUGCUCUCAAACUGAAGGGCGGAAAGGUGCAGAAGAAUAAGAAGGAUAAGAAAAAGAAAAAGAAGAGCAAGGAAUUAACUAUUGAACGCUCCCUCUCUACCGAAGACAACACCGCUAUCAAGGAAGUCGAGCAAACACAACGAGAUGAUAGCAAGAAUAAGACCGACCACAGUGUCGAGGGUCUAGUCGAGCACAAGACUGAGGCUGAGAGGCGUCACGAAGAAGCGAAUAGAAAGAAGAUGAUGAAAAUGCUCGAGGAUCCCAGGUUGGCCUCGGAAUUUCGUAAAACCCACAAGGAGAGAGUUGAAGGCCUCAACACCUAUUUAUCCAAGCUGAGCGAGCACCACGACAUGCCUAAGAUUGGCCCCGGAUAG